AUGACUACCGAGUUUCGCAUACCCAUUCACCAGGGACCACCCGCCCGAAAGCCGGUCACGCACUCUAGCGCAGGAUACGCCUAUCCACCUUACGACGCUCCGCGCAACUUCUCCUCGCACUCUGCCUACGCACCAUCAACUCACAGCCGCACUCGGACCACGUCGUCGAGUGUGCUGCCAGGCUCUGUGGCUCUCUCAUCACAAUACCCAGGGGGUCCCGGUGCGCCUAUGUCACAGCAAGCGAUGGGACCUCCUGGGGCCUUCCCGCCGUCUCGCCGUCUAUCCAGCACGACCACCUCCACCAAUUCCACCGGCCACAUGACUCAGAGUGGACUGGAUAUUCGACGCAGUGCGUCCAAUCGCUCGGCGGGCUCUCAGCUUGGAUACGUGGCACUCAUGCGGCGCCAAAAGGCCACCGUCUGGUGCGACCGGGCCCAGCCCGAAGAUGCUCGAAUGCGUGAGCAGGCGCUCCGAGAUAAGAAGCGGGCGUACCUGGAAGUGCAUGGGAGCGGACGCGCAUCCACGAUUGCUAGCGGCAAGAUUCGUCAUGGCACGAAAGCGGGAAUGGACUUCUCCCCAUCCAAUCUGGUCAGUGCGAGGGUGCCGGUUCGCCUCAGUGCCAACGAGAUUGGUGAGGAGGGUGACGAUGCCCGCAGUACGGAAGAGCGUAUGAUGCAUCGCCGAACAGGCAGUGGUCGCAGUUCCGUCGGCAGUAACCGAGUCUCCAGCGGAUAUCAGCGUCAGCCCGGGACAAUGGGCAGCAACAGCACGCCGCCCAAUGAAAAGUCGGAUCUUCCUGGUGUUUCGGAGAAUACCACGGGCGAAAAAUACGCCGAGGAGAAGACUCGACUCUCGUCCCUCAAGGAUGAUGCUGCCACCACGCAUACCACGAACAGUAGUGAACAGGACGAUUUUGUUCCAGAUAUGGAGGCUCCUUCUGCGGCAACCAGUGCUGCUCAUAAGGCCAAAAAGGUUGAUGAUCUCCGGCGACGUGGUAGUGUUGACGACCGGACAACAUCCAUGACCAAUGUGCGACUCUUUGUGGCUAAUCCGGAUCUGAGCGACUAG